AUGGCCAUAUUAUCAAAGUAUAAAUUAGACAAAUAUCAAUUUGGUACCGAUGUUCGAAAAGGACAACAACUCUAUGGAUUAUCGGGAAAAAUAAUAUACGAAGGCAAAUGGAUAUCACGAAGAAAUGAUUCAAUAAUUAUUGUUGAAAUGAACGAAGCAAUUGCCGAACGUGAAGCUAGUUUUUAUUUAGAAGUCAAUGGUCAUCAUAAUAUUAUUCAUACAUUUGGUUGUGUUGAAAAUAGUUUAAAUUUAACAAUAUUUGUACAAGAAUUUGCAGAACUGGCAGAUUUAGCUGGUGUGUUAAUGGAUAAUCAAUUUAAUAUUUCUCAAACAAUAUUAGUCGAAAUGUUUUUACAGAUUUCUGAUGCAAUGAGUUUUAUUGCACGUAAAAAAAUUGUACAUUGUGAUUUAGGUUGUCGAAAUGUACUUGUUUUUAAUGUGGAUCCAACUGAAGCAAAAAAUAAUCUAGUUAAAAUCACUGAUUUUGGUCUUGCACGUUGGAUUGAUGAACCUCCUUCUAAUGAAAAUGAAUCAGUUAUACCAGUUCGAUUUUGUGCACCGGAAAUUCUUCGAAAUAAUCGCCAUUCCGAUUAUUCGGAAAAAUCUGAUGUGUAUUCUAUGGGUGUUUUAAUGUGGGAAGCUUUAUCAAAUAGUGAAAUUCCUUAUUCAUCAAUUGCUGAAGAUGAUGAUGUCAUACGAAUAAAAUUAAACAAUGAAAAACUUAAAAAGCCCCGUGAUUGUGAUCAUCAACUUUGGGUACUCAUGACUAAAUGUUGGCACGAGGAUCCAGAACAACGGCUUACUUUUGAGGACAUCAACAAUAAAUUAUCAAACAUAAAAAUUUCUGAAGUAGCACACCAUCGAACAUCUGGUUCAUCCGACAAGACACGAAUACACUAUGAUUAUAAACUUGGUGAUCACGUGAAGAUAAACGGCUCGCUGAAUCGUCCAUUACCUGCAAUUCAUCAAGCAGAAUGGUUGACAGAAGAAACAUCAUCGAUUGUGUUGAUUGAGAGGAAGGAAGAACUAUCAGAGAGUGAAAAAUUAUUAUAUACAACAUACAAAAAACAUGAUCAUCUCGUUUAUACAUAUGGAUUUGUGGAAAAUAAUCGUGGAUCCAUAAUGAUAUUACAAGAGAAAGCACCUCAUGGUAAUCUUCGAGCACUACUUGAAAGCGGUCAAUUCAACCCAUCUGCAAAAGUUCUCAUCGAAAUUUUCUUUCAAAUUCUUGAUGCUAUGAUUCAUAUUGUUGAUCAAGGACUUGUACAUGGUGAUUUACGUUGUGAAAAUGUUCUUGUCUUUGAGAUGGAUCCAUCUAAUCCAAAAAGAAACCGUGUUAAACUGGGAAAUUUUGCUUUAGCACAUGAAAACGAUCCAUCACUAGUUGAUGAUAGACGACUUGUUAUUCCAGUACGAUAUUGUGCUCCGGAAAUUCUUCGAAGUGCAGGUCGAUCAAAUUAUUCUGAAUUAUCAGAUGUUUAUUCAAUGGGCGUUUUGAUGUGGCAAGCUUGGUCGAACGGGAAGCUUCCAUAUGAAUCCUCAACACAUAACAGCGAAAUUCGACAACGCAAAUUGAAUGGCGAAAUAUUAUCAAAACCAUUCAUGUGUGAUCCGCAAAUUUGGGCAAUUAUGAGAGAUUGUUGGAAUAAAGAACUAAUUUGCCGAUUCGAUUUCUCAGGCAUAAAAACUCGAUUAUCUCAAGUUAAUAUUGCUUCAAUAGAGACUUAUAAGCAUGAACUAAAUGUUGACGUCAAACAGUUACGUCCACUAAAUGGAAAAUUUUAUGAAGCAGAGUGGAUUCCAAAGAAAGAUCAACAACCAAUCGUACUUAUGAUCAUGAACGAAGAAACAGCAGAACAAGAAGCUUUAUUUUAUACGAAAUUCGAACGUGAACCUCAUAUAGUUGAUACUUUUGGAUUUGUGAAAAAUGAUCGUAAAUUGAUUAUGUUACUACUGGAACGAGCAUCUCAUGGUGAUCUGCAAACAUUAUUGGAAAAUGGAGAGUUUCAACCGUCAGAAAAAGUACUUGUGGCAAUCUUUUUACAGAUUAUCGAAGCAAUGAUUUAUAUUAUCAGUCAUAAGACUGUACACGGGGAUUUGCGUUGUGCCAAUGUGCUUGUCUUUCAAAUGGAUGCAUUCGAUUCAAAAAGAAAUUUUGUUAAAUUAACUAAUUUUACUAUGGCUUGUCCAAUUGAUCAUCCAGUCUCAAAGAAAAGAGUACGUGAAGAUUUAAUGAAAUACUAUGCUCCAGAAAUUUGUCAAUUCAACGAUAGAUCGAUAUAUACUGAAUUAUCUGAUGUUUAUUCAAUGGGUGUGUUGAUGUGGCAAGCUCGUUCAAAAGGAGCAAUACCCUUUAGUCAUCGUACAAGUGAUGGUAAUAUUCAGGAACAAAAAUCGAGUUACAAGGCAUUACCAAAACCGAAGCACUGCAAUAGUGAACUAUGGAGCGUCAUAGAAACUUGUUGCUGUAAUGAACCUAGUAUAAGAGACAAUUUUGAAAAAGUGAAGACUCAGCUUUUGAUAAUCAAUUUUGAGUAA